AGUAUACGGAUUUUCCUAUAUAUAUGUACCACACCAGACACCACCGAAGAGAGUUAUUACAAAGUCAUCUGUCUCUCUGACCAUAUUAUGUACACACACGCUCUCUCUGUUCUGUCACGGUAUCCUCACUCACUCACUCACUCACCAUUCUUUCUUUUUGCAUAACAAUUAGGAUUUCAUAACUCUCUCACUUUGCUAAAUCACCAAACAUUACUGUUCCAUGAAUCUGAAUAAUGCUGCUGCUGCUGCCAUACAAAACACAUAAAAGACCAGACCAGACACCAGUUAGUUAGUACCACCCAACAACAUAGUCAUUCAUCUCAGAAACGCAGAUGGGUAAGAAAGGAAGUAGUUGGUUUUCAUCGGUGAAGAAAGUUUUCAAGUCUUCUUCUAAGGAUUCUCCGGUGCCGGUGAACAAGAAGGAAAAGGAAGAGAAUUGGCAGCAUGAAGCAGCAGAGGAGGUAUCUUUGGAACAUUUUCCUGCAUAUAGUUCACCAGAUAUCACCAAUGAAGGAAGUACCACCACAUCAACACCAAUGACUGAAGAAAGAAAUCAUGCUAUUGCCUAUGCAGUAGCAACAGCAGCAGCAGCUGAAGCUGCAGUGACAGCAGCUCAAGCAGCUGCUAGAGUUGUGAGAUUGGCAGGUUAUGGACGUAACUAUAAGGAAGAAAAAGCAGCAAUACUCAUUCAAUCAUACUAUAGAGGAUACCUAGCUCGACGUGCACUGCGUGCUUUGAAGGGAUUGGUGAGGCUGCAAGCACUUGUGAGGGGACAUAAUGUGAGGAAGCAAGCACAAAUGACAAUGCGGUGCAUGCAAGCAUUGGUAAGAGUACAGGGAAGAGUAAGAGCUAGAAGACUCCAAUUGACUAAUGAGAAACAUCAUAGGACAUUGGAGGAACAACAUCCUGUGACAAUGUUUGACACAAGUGGUUGGGACUAUAGGCGUAAAAGUAGCCACAAAAUUAAGGAAAAUGAUUUCAGGAAACAUGGAACUAUAAUGAAUAAAGACAAAACUCUUCCAUACUCUUUCAACCACCAGCAACUACAAAAGCAAUAUUUGCAAAUAGACCCAAAUGUUGAUGAUAUUGAAAGUUAUGGCAAUGAACGUGAAAGAGCUCAAUUGGAUUGGAAUUGGUUGGAACGUUGGAUGUUAACACAAUCACACAAUGUUAGGCCUAUAGGAUUGGGCCCACUUGGGACCCCACCCUACACACCCACUGAUGACAUGUCUGAAGAAAAAACAGUUGAAAUGGACAUGGUCGCACCAAGAGACUCAAUGCAUGCAAACAUGGGCCUAAUGAAUCAAGAAUCUCAUGAUUUAAGCCCAAUUGCUAAACACCACCAACGAAAUCACAGUGGAGGUGUACCUAGCUAUAUGGCCCCAACCCAAUCUGCAAAGGCCAAGAUUCGGAGUCAAGGCCCGAUAAAGCAUCGGGCUUCGUUUGGGUCUUAUUGGAAUUCAUCAUUAAGGAGUCCUCCAAGUGGGCUGGGCUAUGACUCAUCUGGGUCUGGUGGGGCCGCCACUCAUCCGAUUACGAGAAGCCCAAGCCCAAAAAUAAACGGAAUUCGUCUUCAAUCGAAACGGAUUUCGGGUGUUAGCCCAGAUAAUGUUGGUGUUGAGGAUUGGCCUAAUCAUCAUGGAGCUCAUGCUUGGGCUAGAUUUGAUUGAUUUGUUUAUUUUCUACACCUUGUUAUUAUAAUUAUACUACCAUGUUUUGUGUGGUCUAAACUCUAAACCAUGGGCAUGAAUUUGUAAUUUAAUUAGUAUAUGAUUAUUUAAGAAUGGUGUAAUGUGAUGAAAUUGUAUAA